CAUAGUGAUUUGGCAAGAGUGCGCGCUUCUAUUGGUUCAGAUAAACGUCAAUCUCCAAAUCACGCAAUUCUAUUGGUGGAUGCUCUUCUGGGGUGAAGUAAGGAAAGGCUGCUGAACUUGUGUCUUCUUGGCUACAUGCUAGGAGGCGGCACAUAGAGAGUAAUUAUUUAACCGGACAGCUGAACUUUCCACAGUCCCGUUGAACCUGUCACCUCGUGUUCACUCCCUCAACCGGACCAUUCAGGCACAGACAUGGCAAACCUUGGAAGGCUUUCUGCUAAAGAUGCAGUCCUCUUACUGUGUGACAUGCAAGAAAAGUUCAGACCUAACAUCUUCCAGUUUACCAAUAUCGUCAGCAAUGCGGCCAGAUUGCUUCAGGCCAGCCGAGUCCUUGGCAUCCCUCCUAUUGUUACAGAGCAGUACCCUAAAGGGUUGGGUCCCACAGUACCUGAGUUAGGAGCAGGUGACCUGAAAGCUCAUGCUAAAACUUCUUUUACCAUGAUGAUUGAUGAUGUCAAGAAGGAGUUGGAGGCCCUUGGGAACCCCAAACAGGCCAUACUGUGUGGAAUAGAAGCACACGCCUGCAUUGCUUGCACAGCAUUUGACCUGCUGGAAAGAGGAAUGGAGGUUCACAUUGUAGCUGAUGCCGUCUCAGCCAGAAGUCAGACAGACCGUCUGUUUGCUUUGUCCAGACUAAAGCAGAGCGGAGCUUUCCUCACCACCACAGAGGCCGUCCUGCUGCAACUGGUUCAAGACGCUAAACACCCAAACUUCAAGGAGAUCCAGAAGCUCAUGCUCCACCCAUCUCCUGACACUGGUCUCCUCGCCUUCUUCAGCGCCAUGUAGGCAGAUCCACACCAGUCAUUCUGUGUCGAAGAUACUGUACAGAAUAUUUCCAUGCAAAGGAAGUGCUUUAAUAAAGUGCUGCUGCUAGUUUAA